AUGUAUAUAUAGUAAUACACGCAGUUUAAAAAAGAACCUACAUACUCGUAAGAAAGCGGAGGACCUAAUAAUUCAGUCAACAAAAAUGGCGAGCACAAGCCACUCGGCGUUUUCCCAUGAUGGGCAGUUUCUCGCUGUUUGUGGCACAGAUGGAAAAUUAAAAAUAUUUGAAACUGCAACAAGCCGAUUAAAACAGGAAUUCGUGCCAAAUCUGCAUCUUUCUUCUCCUUGUAGCAUCUUAGGAUGGAUCGUCGUAGGCACGCACGCCACCACCGCGGCAUCACCAUGGAAGAAACGCAGAAAGAAGUCUAUAAACGAAGACAAAGAAGACAAAGAAAUAAUUGCUAUGGGUUCAACAAAUGGCAAUGUAACUCUCUAUGAUAUCUCUACCUCUUCCAUAAAUGACCAACUUGAAAAUGGACACAAUUCAAGUAUAACAGCCUUAACAUGGUGUCCACACACUGGUUUGUUUACAGCAGCAGAAGAUAAACAAAUAGUUCAAUGGAAUCUACAAGAAAAAUCAGUUAAAUGCAAAUGGAAAUCAGGGAAAGGGAAAGUAACAUCAUUAGUAGUUUUACCAAAGGGGAAAUCACUUUUAUCUGGAGAAAGAAUUAUAAAAUGGUGGGAUUUGGAAACUAAACAAGUAAUUGGUACUUUUACUGGACAUGCAAAUCAAGUGAAUACUUUAUGUUGUGCAAAAGUAACAAAUGAAACUAGUUAUCUAUUCAGCAGUGGAAGUGGAGAUGAUUACCUCAGUGUAUGGUCAUUGAAUGAAGUGAAAAAAGAUAAAGUGCCUGUAGCAACAUUAAUUCUACCAGAUGAAGCAGUUGCAUUUUCAGUUGCAUCUAUGAAAGAUUCACAAAUACAUAUUUUAGCUGUCACAAGAUCAGGACAUGCACAAUUUUUUAAAUAUCAACCUAAUGGUACAUCUCCAAAGCCUUUAAAACCAACAUUAAAUAUUUUGAUAGCUUCAGAUGCUGGUCAAAAAGAAUCAGUACAGCAAAUUCCUAUUUUACAAGCAGAAUUGAUAGAAGAUUCAAAAAUAUUGUUGGCAUAUGGUUCAUUUUCUGCUUUAACUAUAGAAAAAAUUGUGCCUGAUUUUUCUGAUAAAGUUCAAUGUUUGGUAAGAACAGAUAUAAGGAAACAAAAAGAUAAGAAAGAUGAAGUCGUAAUGAAGACGAAAUCGGCAGAAACGGAAGACGAAAACGUUGUAUACAUUGCUCCAGGAGCUAGCGAGGCAGGUCCAUCGUUGUCAACUAAAAGGAGUAAAUCAGGCACUGGUUCACAGCUUCCACUUAAAAUUAGAUUAGAAAAUUUGAGUAUGAAUGAAGAAAGUACUCCUAAUAAAGCAGCUCCAAAAGGUGAAAACCUAGCUCAAUUGUUGAUACAAGGUUUGCACAGUGGAGACAAGGCUUUAUUAUCAACUGUUUUAUAUGUAAAGAAAGAGAGUGUUAUCAAAAAUACCGUUGCUAAACUCCCCGUUCAAGCUAUAGUUCCUCUAAUAAAAGAAUUGACUACCAUGCUUGAAGGAAAAACUGUUGCGGCUACAAUUGCGGUUGUAUGGUUAAAAGCAUUACUCCUAUCGCAUACAGCUUCUAUUAUUGCUCAGCCAAACAUUGGCGAAAUAUUGGCUCCAAUUUUGAGUUUUAUUGACGCAAAACAACAACUUUUAAUGCCAAUGAUGAAAUUGAAAGGCAGAGUAGAACUCAUAGCGGGACAGAUUGAAGAACGUGAAGAAAAGCAAGAAAAAGAUAUUACAGAAGAAUGUCUAUUGGUUUAUGAAGAUCAAGAUUCUUCAGACGAGAAUGUGGAACUUGGUAAAGUUGAAUUGGAUAGUGAAUCAGACGAUAACUGGGAAGAGACAUCAGAUCAAGAAAAAAUGCAAGAAGACCUAGAAAAUGGAAAAUCAGAGGAUGAUGCCUCGAUUUGUAGUUCCGAUUCAUGAAUACUUGUAAAUUUUACAUUUUUUUAUUAACUAUUGUUCUGUACAAAACUUUGUAAUUUAUCAGAGUUAUGUUAUUUUUAACGAUUAAUAAUGAUUUUUAAUUAGUCAUAUAAAAUAGAUCGGACAUAAUUUUUUUAAUUCAUUUCCAUUAAAAAACAAAAAAUACAUAUUUCUUUAAUC